GCAACAGACUCAGAUAUAACCACAACAAGUCGACGUCGUCAUCUGUCUUAUUUUUUGUAUGCUUGCCACAGAAAACAGGGGUUUGCUGGUGGAUUGGAUUUGGUGUUUUUAAGGCUGAAGGAUUAAGCUGUAUACGUAAUUCGGGUAAAUUAUACUUUUAGAAAACUUUCGAAAAUGGCUCGUGGACACCAGAAGCUUCAAUCGCAAGCAAAAAAUCAGGAAAAGCAAGCAAAGAUGAAGAAGCAACAGGGGCAUAAUGCAACCGAACAGAAGAAAGCUGCACAAAAGGCUUUGGCGUUUGUAUGUGCAGUUUGCAAGUCACAAAUGCCCGAUCCAAAAACAUACAAACAACACUUCGAGAACAAGCAUCCGAAAAAUGAGCUGCCUGAAGACCUUAAGGAAGUGUAAUUCCUUUCGGAUACCAGCGUAAUAUAAAUUCCGUUUGUUAAUUGAGUUCAUGAUGUAAAAUUUUAAUGUUUCUACUGUCUGCACAUAUCAUUUGAAGAGAGCUAACAAUCCGUCCCCGUUCGAUUUAAGUGAAAUCUGACUAAGAUUACGCGUGGAUAUUCGGGAGUAGCAGAGGAACCGCAUGUGGACUGCAAUCAUUCUUAGAAAUCUGCGGAUAUUUCUUAGUCCUAGCUUGUAAAUGAAUACUUAUUUCCAGUGUUUUGUAAGUUAUAGGGUACUGCUCCAGAGGCGAGACAUACGGGUUUACGGUUCCAUUCGGGCGCUCCCAUUUUACCGUGAUAUGAAGUCUAUUUUCUUAGUUAUUGGUAACACGAACAUUUUUAUGCUAUUUGUACGUAAAAAAAUUUAAAAAACGCGUUAUGUAAAUUGAAUUACUGAUAACUCUAGCUGGAAUAAAAAACUAUGUUGCUUUACUACGGAUAAGAAAUAGAAAUCUUCUCCCUCUGUCAAAGAUUUUCCGAUAAUAACGGCCUUUGUUUUCUUAAAUAUGCUUAUAUUUGGACAACUGUUAUCAUAAUUGAAAAUAAAUAGCAAUAAAAAGAU